AUGAAGACUUUUUGUGCCUUCAUACUUGCAGCCUUGGUUGUAGCUGUGACGUCAUACUAUCAAGGUAAGAAGGCUUUCACAAAAUAAGGUGUUUUUAAUUUAAAGUGGCUCUCAGCGCUCGACCAGUAUUUUUGUUAGCAUGCCUGCCACCUUUCAGCCUAAUCUUUAUUUUACAUAUAUUAUACCACUUGUUAUUAUGGACGGAUUAACUUACAAUAGACGGUAUAUAAUGGUAUUAUUAUUUUUUCGAGAUUGAAGUGAAUAUUCUAUGCAAUCUAUAAACUCUACUGAGCCAAGUUUCGAAAAAUUUUAAACGAAGAAUUUUUAGAUAUCAAUAGCUUGAAAUUUCUAAAUAAGGGGUAUAACUUAUAUGCAAUCUGAAGACCUGUUGACCUUUAUAAUACAAAUUUGAUUUCGGUCGAAAUUACCCCUCGAUCAGUUUAACAAAUAUCCCUAAUAUACUUUCUACAAACCGUUGUGAGCAGGUUCUAGUUCAAAGAGAUUACCAUACUUUCGGCCUAGAUGAUGAUGAUAAAAUGACCUUUACCGGAAAAAUGACGAUGGCAAUAAUAAUAACAACAAUUAAUAAUAAUAAUAAUAAUAUGUUAUCAUUACUAUUAUUAUGAUUAAAAUGAUAAAUGUGGAGACAAAAAUUUAUUAUUAUUUUGACUUAGAUGAAGCAACUGAAGUCUUCAAAUGCCCAAUCUGUGUUGGUCUGGGUAAGAAAGCAGAGAGAAAGUGUGACAACGAGGCCGUUUACCGAGCCUGUCACGCAGAAGACGCCGUCUGCGUGAGCACCAAAAAUGGCGAAUUGGUUAUGAGAGAAUGCCAGAGUAAAAAGUACUACAACGAGUACAUCGUUCCAAAGUGUGACGGUAUUGAGAACUGUGAACACGCAAUGUGCGAGGAAUCUGACUGUACAGCGUAUCUGUCUAAAGGUAAGAGUCAAGAAUACUUAUAUUAAUGAGCGAAACACAAGGCCCGGAAUGCAGAGCUCUAAUAAAAAAAAUACGUUUUACUUUACAUUCCAUGACCUGUACUCUAAGAGACCAUAGAAAUAAAGUCAAAAUGCUUAAAACUCAAGUUGAUUUCAUAAGUCAGAGUACAGUGUGUAGAUUGUCCUGGGCCGAGUUGUUCAAAACUGGGUUAAGUUAACCCGGGGUUAGUGCGAGAUUUGAAUUCAGAUUUGAAAGCUUAAAAAGCAUUUCAGUUUUAAUUGUUUUUGUCUACAAGAUGAUGAUUGAAAGCUCUAAACACAACGGAGAAAAUUAUCCGAGAAAAUGCUUUUGAACACGAGAAAAAGAAAUCAGGGUUAAAUUCAACCCCGGGUUAAGCGCUAAUCGGCCUUCCAACAACUGGGCCCUGGUGUAUACAUGUAAUUGACAGUUUUUGAGUGUUCAAUCUCAUUCUUGUGAAAUAUCUUGGAAUAAGGUAGCCUGCUUGGGGGAUAUCAUGUGAAAAGUAGACGCCCGAGAGACACGCGAGGGGAGACGCGAAAGCGGGGGGCGGGGGAGAGUUUCCUCGGCCCUCGCGGCUUCGCCGCUUACUCCCACGUUCUCUCGUGUCGCCCAAAUAGAAGAGCUUGUUCGCAGGCGAGGAAAAAUGUAGUCUACAAUCUCAAAAACCUCUCGUCCAAUCAGCGUACAUGUGCUAGAAAUCGCUCAGUUAUUAAAUUGAAAAAGUAGAAGUCAGUCAAAGAAUACUUAAGCCUCGAAAGCAAGCUCUCCACGAAGCCCGCUACUCGGGGGAGCGAGGGGGAAUUGUUCUCUUCCGUCCCCACCCCCAGAGAGCUUGAUCAGAGGCUAUGAAUAUAUGAAAUAUAAUGAACAUUAACUUCCUUUUUUUGUUACUUGUUACGGCAGCACAAGGUCCGUAAAUUGAACGGAGAUGUUGCAUGCAAAUAAAGUUUGAGUCUAUGGAUGAAUUCUUAUUACUGGUAUAUUAGGCGUUUAACCUUGUCUAUUACGUGCAUAAAUGUAUAUCUAUAAGUAUAAACAUCAGUGAAAUACCAGGGUGAGCCUAAUAGCCCUAAUUAAAUGAUAUUCCGUGUUGAAAUUACAGUAUCUCGAAGAGAAACUUCGUAUCUCCAAGCAGUUGCGUAGAGGAUGGUUUGAAAGGCAGAAAAANGAAAGCUCUAAACACAACGGAGAAAAUUAUCCGAGAAAAUGCUUUUGAACACGAGAAAAAGAAAUCAGGGUUAAAUUCAACCCCGGGUUAAGCGCUAAUCGGCCUUCCAACAACUGGGCCCUGGUGUAUACAUGUAAUUGACAGUUUUUGAGUGUUCAAUCUCAUUCUUGUGAAAUAUCUUGGAAUAAGGUAGCCUGCUUGGGGGAUAUCAUGUGAAAAGUAGACGACCGAGAGACACGCGAGGGGAGACGCGAAAGUGGGGGGCGGGGGAGAGUUUCCUCGGCCCUCGCGGCUUCGCCGCUUACUCCCACGUUCUCUCGUGUCGCCCAAAUAGAAGAGUUUGUUCGCAGGUGAGGAAAAAUGUAGUCUACAAUCUCAAAAACCUCUCGUCCAAUCAGCGUACAUGUCCUAGAAAUCGCUCAGUUAUUAAAGUGAAAAAGUAGAAGUCAGUCAAAGAAUACUUAAGCCUCGAAAGCAAGCUCUCCACGAAGCCCGCUACUCGGAGGAGCGAGGGGGAAUUGUUCUCUUCCGUCCCCACCCCCAGAGAGCUUGAUCAGAGGCUAUGAAUAUAUGAAAUGUAAUGAACAUUAACUUCCUUUUUUUUGUUACUUGUUACGGCAGCACAAGGUCCGUAAAUUGAACGGAGAUGUUGCAUGCAAAUAAAGUUUGAGUUAUGGAUGAAUUCUUAUUACUGGUAUAUUAGGCGUUUAACCUUGUCUAUUACGUGCAUAAAUGUAUAUCUAUAAGUAUAAACAUCAGUGAAAUACCAGGGUGAGCCUAAUAGCCCUAAUUAAAUGAUAUUCCGUGUUGAAACUACAGUAUCUCGAAGAGAAACUUCGUAUCUCCAAGCAGUUGCGUAGAGGAUGGUUUGAAAGGCAGAAAAAAGGAUUUUGCAUUUUAAUUUCUAUGCAAUAAAAUGAUUAGCUAAAAAAGUACUAAAAUUUCACUUACAAGAUUUUAAAAAACCUUUUCUCCGUAUUUGUUUGUAGAUAAGAAAGAGACGUAUGAUACGCCACUGGAGUGUCCUGUUUGCAUCGGAAUGGGAGAAAACGCCGAAAGUGAUUGUGAUGAAUCCACUCAAUCUUUUAUGUGCAACGAUAAGAUUGCAGCGUGCAUAACUGUUAAAGACAGUGGCCUGUUCUGGCGUGAUUGUCUAAACUACAACUAUUACCGCAGUGCUAUAAAGCCUUCUUGCGACAGGAAAGAAGGCUGUGAGACAUCGUUUUGUAGGGAACAAGGAUGUUCGGCGCCUCUGUCCACUGAUGAAGGAGAAGAAGGUAAUGAUUGUCGGUACAGCGGUCUUUUCUAUUAAUCCUUAACCGUACUGAAAGACAAUAAUAUUAUAAUAGUCUACUCUGCAGCCGUUUUUGUCUCGUCACGCAGAGCCGUUACGAGACAAAAACAGCCGCGAGGGAGGGCUUCGUCAGUCCAAGGAACGUUUGCGUGAGUGGCUAUAAUUUUAAGAGCUAAAUGAAAGGAGUUUUUAUCACAAACAAAGUGGGUUUGCAUCCAUUCGGAAAUAGUGUGUUAAGACUGCGAGAGAAAUACUGAGUCAAGCUUCACAAAACACUAACAUUAUAUCUUUUAAUUUGUUAGAGUAUAUUUUAUUGUUAAUUUUAAUUUUCAGUUGAGGAAACAGGACUCUCUAUCAAUGGUGUCAAAAUCCCUACUGGAACUGGAAAUAAAAAGAGUAAGUUAAAAAACUUCCCUGUUAGCAAAGUGUACUUUUAGAUUAUUAUUGCCUCUGCUAAAAUAAUGAAAAUAGAUUAAUUUUUCUGCGUGGAAAUCCAUAGGUCCUGGAAACUGAACCCCGAGCGUCAGUUUCUUCGGUCAGCGGCUUGAUUUUAAAACUUAUUGCUUUGCAUCUUUGUUUUUGCGUUCUUUUUAAACUUAGGUACGGUAACAAAGUUAUUUGUCUCAAUCCAUUGGCUUGACAUUUUUCUACGAUUGUAUGCAUACCAAGUUUGUUUGCAUGCAAUCACUAAGUUGAAACUUGCUUAAUCUAAACAUGUGUCGAACAAGCGUAAGUUGAAAUGAAACGAAAUCAGAGAAGUUUAUACUCAUUUUUUGGGUCAGGGGCGGGGGUGCUAUUUUAAAAGAAACAACAUUGAAUGGUGUUUUUUAACCUGGCUUCUUACGUACGUGUCCUAUUAUAAAACGGACCAUUUCUAUAAAUAAAGCCUAAACAUUAGACCUUUCCUUGAAUUAUCCACAUCUUGUCUAGUCCCCGCACGACAAGCCUUCUCGGUCGAUGUAUUUCGGCGCAUUUCCGUUAGGCUGAGCUGGAUAUUACGGCCUGAGAAGUAGGCUUAAUCCUCACCUUAAAAUAGAUUACAUUACCACUCUGUAUCUAACUGCUGUCUUUUGUUUGUUUGUUUUUUUCAGAGCUGUCAAACCCAUUAUUCAAACACUUUGCUUGA